AUGGUGGCCCGGGCCGGCGGCGGGGCAGGCGGCGGCGGCGAGGCUCCCAGGCCGGGCGGCGCGGAGGGCCGGCUAGGGUCCAUGCCCGGCGGGCACCGGGGGCGCCGGUCCCGGGCUGCCGCGGGGCGAAGAAGGGGGCGCCGCAGGGGCGCGUCGGGCCCGGCCGGUCACUGGGCUCCGGCGAGGGAGCCGAGCGGCGUUGGCACAGCCUGCGCCCGCGCCCGCGCCAUCCUCCUCCUCCUCCUGGGGCCGCCGCUCGUCCUUAGAAGGGCAUCACCUAAAAUCGCUUUGCCCAAGCUAAAUAAAGAAAUGGGAACCCGGGGACCAACGCCUGCUACAUUUAUCCAGCGAGAGUCUGCGGGCUGGAGAGAGGAUGCGGGACUGGGAGCUGCCGUGUCUCCGGCCCGGGCGUCAUGCCCACACGCACGUAUAUACACACCCAUGCACCUGCCCGAGGUUUUUACGCAUGAGUGCGCUCACAUGCACAUACGCGUGCAUCAGCACCACUUCGAGUCAAAGUUUCGAAAAAAAUCACAAGAGAGUUUUCCAAACUCCACCCCGCUCCAGGCCACCCAGCUCAGCCCCCUCCCUCCCUCCCCCCCCCCGGAGGGUCCGAGCCCGGGUCCGCAGCCCCGCCGAAAGGCGCCUCCGAGGGAAGACUGUCCGGUGGCACCGCUGUCCGCGCCUUGGGCCGAGAGGGGCUGGACGCGGGGCGGCCGGGCCGGGGGCUGCAGGGAGGAGGGUAGGGGGCAACGGGCAGCACUUGGGGGAGGGGUCCUCCGUCCCUCCUUCCCUCGGUCCGUCCUUCCCUCCCUCUCUAGCGUCCUUCGUCCGUCCCUGGCGGCCGAGAAGGCUGCGGCCCCCCGGGACUGCGGUCCGAGCUCAGCCGGGCGGAGGGGCCACGUCGGGGUCCGGCGCCGCGGGAGGCCGCAGCCGGCUGACCGGACCCGCACAGAAGGCGAGGUGCGGAGAAGGGGGAUCAUGAUGAUGGGCAGCGGGGCGUCGCCGCCCCCGGACACCUGUCUCCGGCUCCAGCUUCCCCCACCAGUCCCUGACCAGCUUGCUCAGAGCCGGCCUUCCAGGGACCGGCCCUUCGGACACUUGUGCGAGGUAACUGUCCGGCCUGCGGGUGCUGUGAGCGGGAACCCCGCACCCAACGGUCCCGCGUUCCCGGCCCGGGCCGCGGUUGCCCACGUGGGGCUUCCCCCCAUCCUCCGCACCGCCAGAAACCCAGGCCGGCCCGGCCGCCCAGGGCUCCCAGACCCCGCCUCUGGAUUUGGUCGUUGGUUUCAGCUGCAGCAGACGGAAACCCCUCGACCCCGUCACGGAUCAAAUGAAGCCCCCCCCCCCCCCAAAUCGUUCAAGAGAAGAAGGGGCUCCAAGUCUUCUUCUGGAAGGCUGGGCCCCUGCUCGCCUCCCGGGCCCAGAGCCGGCCCGCUGGCCCGGAGCCGGGCGGAUGAUGGGCAGGGGGCAGGACCCGGAGGGGUCAGCCGAGGGUCGACUGGAGGGCCCGGGGCAACGCUGGGGCGUCAAACGGCCAGCAGAGAGCGGGCCGGCAGAGAGCGGGCCGACUCUCCGGAUUUCGAGGCUGGGGAGGGAGGAGCCAGGCGUUUCCUUCCCCCACCGAGACCCCGGAGCUCGGGGCCGCGGGCCCGGGGGAGGCCGGUGGCCGAUCCGGGCCCGGGCCCCGCGGGAGCCGGGCGAGGGCGGUCCUGGGGCCGGCGGGACAUGCCCCCUCCCGCCCCGACUCUCGGCGGGCCAUCCCGGCGCCUUCGGGGGUCGGCAUUGCAUGUGCAGGUGGGUGGUCGCCCCGGUCCGACCCGAGAAACCCCGGCCGCUCCUCCUAGGUCUGGCCGGUCCCACCCGGUCCCACCCGAUCCGACCCGGUCCAAGGGGUUUGUUCAGGACGAGGCCUGGUGUUUGGGGUGCGGGGAUGGAGGGAGCGGCUGCGGAGAGGAGGGGCUCCGUUUCCAACAACCAACCUACCCCGAGCCCAGGAGGGAAUUAGACAGGAGGGGUCCGGGGCCCCGGUUUAAGCCGUCGUCAUCAGGACCAGCGCCCCCGGCCCUCUCUGCCCACCACAGACCGGCCCGGCGCUUUUCCUUGGCCCAGGCGCUCCUUCCUCCUUCCCUCCUGGACCUCGGACUGCGGGCGGGGACAGAAGAGGACAGGGCAAAGCAGGGGACGGCGGCGGGUCCGGAGGGGUGCCAACCCAACAGAUGGCUGACUGCUGGAGUCACCGGGGGCGGGCCCGACCCUCCCCCACCCCCAUAUCCCGGGCCCCGCCAAGGCUGCCGGGCUGUCCAGGGUCACUCUCCAAACGGCUUUAUGUCUCCUCUUAACUGGCUCGUAGCCCCCUCCCCUUUUGCCCCCUAA